CAGUUGUAAUCUGCCUAAUGCGGAAUUAGCCGUUACACCUUUCAUAACAAAUACUGAUUUUUCAAAAACUUUCCCUCGGUUCGUAUAUUGUAGGACGGGAUUCAAAUUAUCGAACUUCAUAACUUUUACGUUUUCAAAAGUUGAGCGGCUGAAUUGAGGGCUAAAGGUGGUUAGCGGGGCUAGUUCCGCCUUCUGGGCCAGUGUUGGGUCGUGUGAUUGGAGAUCAGCGACUCGUCAAGUGUCACGUUAGGAUCCACGUUAAGAGUUACAGACUAACCUUUGCUCCGUGUGUCCAUGGGCUGGAGAGAACGUCAUUUUCUUAUUAAAGGGAUUACUGUCAACACUCAGCAACGGAGGAUUCCAUCUGGAGCCAGCGAUAACCCCAGCAGCCCAGCGUCCGGGCACUGUUGCAGGGAAUCGUCAGGACCCCAAUGAUUGUCAGCAGAUGAGCUGUGGACUACUGUGUUUGGGACACUAAUGGAAAAUCAAGAUGAGGAAGUAGACCUGCAGAGGAGCUCGACCGGGAGCGAGGGGGGCAACUCUGGAGAUGGAACACCUCCAUCCAAGCGCAAGGGCAAGUUCUCCAGCCUGGGCAAGAUCUUCAAGCCCUGGAAGUGGAGGAAGAAGAAGCCCAGCGAAAAGUUUUCCGAGACCUCCAUCGCUUUGGAAAGACAGAUAUCGGUGAGGAAAUCCCGGCAGGAGCUGAUUGAGAGAGGGGUGUUGAAGGAAAUUCCUGAGAAUCAGAGCAACCGGCACAAGUCUGGCCCCGUGAAGAACGGCCACCCGGCGGCCAUGGACGUGGAGCGGGAGUCGGAGGCCGGCGUGCGGGUGCUCCGCGGGGAGUCUGAUUCGCGCGCCACGCCCAUGUGGCUGCCUCAGGGGGAGGAGCGGCGGAGCCGUGUGCCGUCGGACGCCUCGCGCGUCCACCGGGCGCCCCUGGACGUGGACUCUCUGGCCCGCCAGGCCGUGGAGGCCGACCGCCGCAGCCGCCUGCCGUCGGACCUGGACAGGCGGGGCGGCUCGUUACCCAGGGGGGCCGUCCCGGAGGAGGUCCGGCCCCGAUGGGACGAGAGGAAGGACGGACGGGAGGACAAGAGGGAGCUCAGAGAGGACAAGAGAGAGCCCCGGGAAGACCGGGACAGGAAUGAGGACAAGAGAGAGAGGGAGGAGCGGGACAGGAGGGAGGACCGGGACGAGCCGGAGCGCAGGGAACGCCGCGACGACCGGGAUCGUGAGCGGGACCCCAGGGAGAGGCGUGAGCGGAGAGACGACCGGGACAGGAGGGACGAGAGGACUGACCGCGAGGAGAGGGACAAGAGGGAAGAGAGGCCGGAGCGGGAGGAGCGGGACAGGAGGGAGGAAAAGCCGGAGCGCGAGGAAAGGGAAAGGCGGGAGGAGAGGCCGGAGCGCGAGGAGAGGGAAAGGCGGGAGGAGAGGCCGGAGCGCGAGGAGAGGGACAGAAGGGAGCGUGGCGACCGGGACAGGAGGGAGCCGCGGGGGGAGAAGGACCGGCGGGACGACCGGGCAGAGCAGGAAAGGGAGCAGCGCGUUAAGGAGCGGAUCGAGCGGGAGCGCCGGGAGGAGCGCGAGAGGGAAGAGCGGGAGCACGAGAGGGAGGAGCGGGAGAAGGAGGACCGAGAGCGGCGGGGCUGGAGGGGGGACCGGGGGGACGACCGCGACCGGAAGGACCCCAGGCAGGAGGAGCGACCCGACAAGAGACGAGGCGAGGAGGCCGAGCGCGAGCGCAGGGACAAACCGGAGCCCCAGCGGAACCCCGUGGACAGCCUGCGGGCGGCGGGCCGGCCCGUCUCCGAGGUGGACGUCAGGGCGGUCCUGCAGAAGGCGAACUCGGAGGAGAACCGCAGGGUGCGGCCGGCCUCGGAGGCGGACCAGAGGAGCACCCUGCCCAGAUACAGCCCAGCGGAGGAGUUCAGAGGUCGCACAGAGUCAGCUGGCGUCCGCUUCGCCCCCGUUCCGGCGUCCAACCCCGUGAGCGAGCCUGAGGCGGCGCGGGACCCCCUGAGGGAGGCCGCCGCCAAACAGGCCCUGCUGCCCCCCAAGAAGCAGAGCCCCCCCCUCCCCACGGCCCGGACGGCCGCUCCCCCCGCCGUCUCUUUCUCCGCCUCUUCGUCCUCCUCCUCUUCCUCCUCGUCCUCCUCCUCGUCGGCCAUGGCGGUGGCCAAGCCCCCGAGGACGGUGUCCCUCAUCAGCGACGACCCCCCCCGCCUGGUCCCCGCCACCCCCGACUCGCCGCCGCCCGUCCCCCCGCACGCCAAGCAGCCCCCCGUGCCCCCGCCCAAGCCCGGCAACCGCAACAGCAACCCGGCGCUGCACGCCUCCAGACUGAAGGGCUGCGCCACGGUGCGACCGCACUGUUACAGGACGGGCUGGCAGCGCCGGGGCGAGCCGGGCCUCUACCUCUCCCUGCCCGUCUACCUGAGCCACAGGGCGGGGCUGAGCCGCUCAGAGCCUUCUCAGUCCGGCGGCGCCGUCAUCGUGGUGCCGGCGCCCUCCAAGCGCUCGCCGCCGACCCCGCCCAAGAGGAUGACCCCCGUCACCAAGCGGCACUCCACGCAAGAGGCCCCGCCCCAGGAGCCCCCGCCCCCGGAGGCCGCCACGCCGCCGGAGAUCCGCCCCGCCGAGACCCCCCCGGAGGCGUUCGCCCCGCCGCCGGCCCACCAGCCCCCCUCCCCGCCCCGGCACCGCGUCCUCCCCGUCGCCGAGCCGACGCCGACGCUGGCGCCGCCGCCGGCUGACCCGCCCAGCCCCGUCACGCUGCCCCCAACCAAUCCGCCGUCGGCCAUCCCCCUGCACAUCCGCAUCCAGCGGGCGCUGGUCAGCCCCUCGCCCGUCAAGGCCAACCCGGACGGCUCCCAGAGGGCCCACUCUCAGCUGUUUGAGUCCCCGCCCGAGGUCCUGCAGGAGGGCGGAUCGGUGCGCUACUCCCUGCCCAUCACCAUCGAACCCCUGCGGCUGCAAGAGGACGAUGACUUCGACAUGGAGGAGGAGCUGGCCAAGCUGCACCCUCCCCCGCGGUUCCCCCGCCAGCCGGAGCUGGAGCCACGCAGCCGGCGGGGGCUGGUGGUCAGCGCCAUCCCCGAGGGGGGCGGGCCGGGCGACAGCGAGGAGGACGAGGAGGAGACGGACUCGGACGGGCCAAUCAACUACAGGGACGACAGCGAGGAAGAGAGCGACGAAGAGGGGCAGCAGAGUCGGCUGGCGAACCGCGUGAAGAGGAAGGACACGCUGGCUCUGAGGCAGGAGCACGAGGCCCAGCAGGACGGCCCCGACGACACGGCCUGGCAGAACCGGGAGCAGUGGCUGGCCCUCCGGUCCAAGAUCAGCAGCGCGCUCACACGGCGCCUGAGUCAGAGACCUUCGGCCGAGGAGCUGGAGCAGAGGAACAUCCUCCCAGCCAAGAACGAAUCGGAUCGUCGGAUGGAAAGGUCCGAGAUCAAACGGCGGCUCACCAGAAAGCUGUCCCAGCGGCCCACGGUGGCGGAGCUGCAGGCCAGGAAGAUCCUGCGCUUCCAUGAGUAUGUGGAGUGCACUCACGCCCACGACUACGACCGCCGCGCUGACAAGCCCUGGACCAAGCUCACCCCCGCCGACAAGGCCGCCAUCCGCAAGGAGCUGAACGAGUUCAAGAGCUCAGAGAUGGAGGUGCACGAGCAGAGCCGCAUCUACACCCGGUUUCACAGACCAUAACCGUCCACCUCCACCGGAUUGGUUGCGUGGGGGGGAGGAGGAGGGGGUGGAGGGGGAGGGGGAUGAGAAGGUGGGGGAUGAUGGAAGAAAAGAAUGUGCCGCUGCAGCCGACAGAAAUAUUGGCUCCCCCCCGUCGUUCUUAAUCCUGCCCCGUGCACAGCCCUUUCCUCGACGCAACACUCCCCAACAAAACUAUGUACCUAAGACCAAAAAGCCCGCUGGGUCCCCAACUGCUGACGGGUACCUUUUUGAGGGCUCCCCAAAGGCUCUAGGUGAAGAGCCACUACUGAUGCUGCCCCCGGACCAGCUCCUCUGGAAGCAGAGGACCCUUUGGGCUCUCCCCAUCCCUGGUGGACCCCACUGGGUCUGGGCGUCGGGGGGGGUGCGGCCGCAGGGCAGGCGACACACACAGAUGAAAUGGGUUUCGGGCCCGGCCCCUUACAAGAUGUUACCCCCCAAGUGCCACCGGAGAGAUAUGUGCCCGCUGUGGUCCCGGGGCGCACCCCCCCCCCCCCCCUACCCCCUGGAGCCGGGGGGCGCUGGUCGGUAGAGUAGCGAGAGUGAAACACUAGAGCAGAUUCCGAGUCCGGCCCGCGGCGGGCGUGCCGCGAGAUCCUCCCCUCCACGCGACGUCUCUCCCGCAAUCACUGUAGUUACUCUCAAAGGAGAGCCAAUCGGACGAGGCCUUUCCCAGUACUUUACACUGUGUACGAUGCGUUGUUUUAAAUAGACACUUUUAAACCCCAGAUCAGGAAAUCCGUUGGCAGAAACGGAUGGUGGUAGUUUAUUCUUUUUUUUAAUUGGCACGUGCGGUACUUAGUCAAACUAAUUAAAAACGUAGUUGUCGGACCAGGUGCGUUUAUGUUUUUCGCUGUCGUAUCCGAUGGCGAUGGGGUGCCAACUGGCACCAGCCUUAACUCUGGGCGUGAGUCAAUGUUUUUAACGUACAAGAGGUCCAGACAAAAUGUGAACUGAUUUGCUACAGAGCCAGUGAGUUUUGCAUAUGAAACCCUGUUGUGGCUCUUAUUUUGAAAUUUAUUUUUAAUCAACUGUUCUAUUCUGUGAAGAAAGCAGCAAUGUUGAUUUUGCACCUCAUCCUAAUGUGUGCAUUUUACUGUUUUUUUUUUGCUAAAAAUGCAUUUUUUUGGGUGGGCGGGUUUGGGGUGCAGCACAUAUGUCUAGGUGUAGCUGUCAUAGGGCACUUGAUUUCCUGUAAAGGAAGUAUAGAACUUUUACAAUUUUCAGGUUUGGAACAUAACUCUCGAAAAAGCAACUAAACAUUGUCAUAUAAUUCUAUAUUUCUAAUUUAAUAAUUGUUUGCGUAAAAUGCACAUUUGUAUAAUGACAACGAUGUUUUAAGGUACUUUGUAUAUUAAGGCCAAUAGUUGGCUGCAAUUGUGUUGAUAAAUCAUGUAGAGCUUAGCAACCUUUAUUGUAUGUCAAUUUGGCAAACUGUCUGAAAGUGUUUCACAAUGCUGUUAACUACGUAGACUGACUACACUGACCACAGAGAUUAUUUUGAAUAUGCAAUUUUUUUUCUCCUUUUUACACUAUGCAGAGAUCUUUUAAACAUUGAAUGAUAAUUUGCAGCCCACUGUAUAAAUUAAUAUUUCUCACAAAUUAAACAAAAAAGGUUUUUUGAUCUCGACCUGAACGCGGGAUUCUCAUUAUUACCUCUUGUUAUUAUUCAUAAUAAGGGUUGGAUAAUAAAACCAUACUAAUAUCUAA